CCUCCUCCUUGGCUCUCACCCCUUCCCACUCCUACUCCUCGUCUCGGAACUAUCGUCCACGUGGGCUGGCAGUCCUCAUCCACCUCCUCCCCGGAUACUGAUGUCGCGACAGAAGAUCUUCCGUGGAUAGAAUCCAUGGCCCCUUCAUCAUCCGCGCAGGACCAGGCUGACUCUCAGCCUCCGACGGUCGCUGCCUUCUCACCCACCACCAUUUCCGGCUCCUCUGUGACAUCAAGGCAGCGUUCUAGCAUCAUCGUGCACCGCAAAUCACCGCUUCUAGUAGCCACUCCUCCCCAGAUCACUCGCGCUUUAGCCUAUUCGCAUCCAUUUAUUCUGCCGCUAAACAAACUUGUGGGUUUACUCACAUGGACAACUGGAGAUGGGUGGCAGAGCUUCCUGCUUGUGGCGGCAUUUUGGAUGCUGGUCCUCUAUGGCGAUGUGAUCAUCCUGUGGGCAGGACCGCUCCUGGUGGUGAUCGGGCUCAUUUUGGGCAUGUACUGGAGACGCUACUCUCCCUUGUCGUCAAGGGCGCAGCUGGGUGAGAAACAUAUCCAUCAGAGAGCUGCGUCAGAAAUAUUCCCCCAUCGUCAUGAAACACUCGACGAAAUCGUGGAGACCUUGAGAACCUUCACCACCCGCUGUAACAUUCUGUUGGAGCCACUUGUGGAACUUACCGAUUUCUUAUCCACGCAGAGGACGGCGACUUCUGCCACCACGCGACCGGCUCUUACGACACUAUUCUUUCGAAUCCUCUUUGUUACCCCCAUUUGGGUCGCCUUAACUCUUCCACCUGUUUAUCUAAUUACCACUCGCCGUGUCAUCAUGAUCCUCGGCACUAUUGUUCUCACCUAUCACUCCCGGCCGGCAAGGGUAUCCCGUGUCAUCCUCUGGCGAUCCUUAACCAUCCGCUUGAUAUGCUCUAUGGUCAUGGGGCUAUCAUUCUCUUCCAGUGUUGAUAAAUCUCAAUCAAGUUUGAUGCAAAGUCACGGUCAUGCGGUGAACAUUGCAACGAGACGCCGGGGAGACUCUUCAGGUGUCCGAUUCACCUUUGUUACCUAUGAGAACCAACGCCGUUGGCUUGGAAUUGGCUGGACUUAUUCUCUGUUCCCUUCUGAGCGUGCUGCUUGGACAGACGAGCAUUUGAAUCCGGUCCCAUCUAAGGAGUACUUCGACUUGCCCGGCGUAGAGAAUGGAAAUGCCCAGUGGCGCUGGGUCGAAAAUAGUGACUGGCAUAUUGAAGGUGCCGACGAUUCUAGUGGAAAGUCCGAGUCCAAGGCUGAUGGUGGGGGUUGGGUCUACUAUGAUAAUAAGUGGAAUGACGGGCGUCGCGGUCAGGAUGGUUGGGAUCGGUACACUCGUCGUCGGAAAUGGUGCCGUGACGCUGAAUUGGUCGAGAUCACAUCAACAGAGGGCACUUCAGUGGAAGUCAAGUCCGGCCUAACUCAGUCCUUGGAGCAGGAGCAGGAGCAGGAGAAGGCGUCUGGAGCCCACGACGCUUCGACAGUCGACGCCGAUACGGAGAGUCUUGCCCCAUCCACCUCAUCGAAGACCCGCAGACGGCGUUGGUUUGGAAGUACGAAGAGUAUCUUGGAAAAUUAAAGUCCACUACCAGCUACACGCCACCUGGAAAGACCCCAACCAGACCAAUCGGCAUCCCGCACACGCGAAAAUUAUCUAAUUACUCAGGGAGUGCCAGCCACAGCAGCCGAGACG